AUGAUUGUUUCGCCAGAUGAACUACCUUCUCGCGAAGCUGAUGAAUUGCCUGAUCUGCGUCGCUUAGUCGAGGAGUCUCUUUUGGAGCGUAUUGAACAGCUUCGUCUAGCCCCUUCCUCUCAACCCGAAAGCCCAGCUAUGUCCAUCAACUCAGUUGAAUCUGCCACAUCGCCGACGGGCCGCCUCCCGACUCCGUCUCAUUCUGAUCAGACUAAUCCUGAGAAAGCUGUUCCCAGCCCUCAAGCUGAUUCUGCCCUGAGACGACUGGAGACCCCGCCCAGCUCACGUUCACCUUCGCCCCCAGCUCAGCGGAUAGCGCAAAUUGUCACAUGCCCUUCACUAUAUCCCCUGAGGUCCGUUUCGCCAGGCACAUCUCUGCGUCACACUGUCUCUGUGGCGAUUCAGUGCCCUUCUCCAUUUGGCGCCACUGAUUCCGAAAGAGGCCUAACAGACAGACCUGUCGAGGUCAGAAUAAACCUCGCAUUUGUCCCCUUAUCCCGCCUUCUAUGUCUAUUGCUCGUUUUCAUAUUGGCAGGGCAAGAAAAUUAUUAG